GUCAAAGCCAGGGGGAACAUAAGCACAACGGAGGAGUAGAGACGCCCAAAGUUAGGGCUACCAAAAGCGAAGGAUGAUCAUUCCAGUUCGUUGUUUUACCUGCGGGAAGGUGAUUGGGAAUAAAUGGGAUACCUAUCUGGAUCUUCUCCAGGCCGACUACACCGAGGGAGAUGCUCUUGAUGCACUGGGGUUGGUUCGAUAUUGCUGUAGACGAAUGCUCAUGACUCAUGUUGAUCUCAUUGAGAAGCUUCUGAACUACAAUACACUGGAGAAAUCAGAGACCAGUUGAAGGUGCUUAUGGAGUUAAAAGGGAGGUGGAAUUGCUUAUGGCAUAAUUCCAUUGCAUAUGGACUGGAAAAUUUGUCUGUGUGGCCCUGUUUUUUUAGUAUUAUGUAAUAGAGUUCAUGGUAUUUGGUUUAGAAAUAUGAUGAAGCCAGACUGCAGAUACAUUUAAGGUUGUGCAUGUAAGGUAAAUAUAACAUCAUUUUAGUUUGUGUGAUGGAAUGGUUACAUGCGUGUGGCUAAUCCAGUCCUUUCAAAUUCUAUAUGCUCAAGAAGUAGGUCAACUUGUCCAGAAAUAAGUUUGGUUCUUGAUGAAGUCAAUUAAGCUUGGUAAAGAAUGUGGUGAACUUAUCCAGCAA